AUGAUACUGUCAGAAUUCGAGCGGGGACAGGAAGAGGAGGAAGAGGAGGAGGAAGAGCGUGACAAGGGCCAGGCGACGCAAGAGGAACUUGUGUUGGAAUCCCCCGCUACGGUUGCCGUACCCCGGGUUGGGGAGAUGUCCCCUUGGCGACAGACAAGGGCAAACAGCGCCAGGAGAGCACAGAGCCCAGUCCGCUCAGCUUACGAAUUCGUGACCCCAAUGUCCACUGAGCGGCCGUGGCCAGUGAUAAGCAGCGCAAUGAAUCUCAAUUCCUUUAUGUUAGAUGUACGAAUAACGAAUUAA